UCUUACGACACACACUUCUCAUACCAUCUCCGCUCUCAAACACUGCAUUAUGGCACCGAAAAAGAUUGAACCCAAGAAACCAGAUCCUAAGAAACCAGAGCCGAAGAAAGAAGAGGCUCCAGCACCGGCUGCCGCCCCUGCUCCGGUUCCCAAAACCCCAGAAGAGCCUGCGCUCGACGUAAAGAGCAUCCCGCUGGAAUUUACCGCUGACCAGAUUGAGGAAUUCAGAGACGCCUUCACGCUCUUUGACGAGACGGCGACCGGCGAGAUGAAGAUCAGGUACGCUCAGUGCGGAGAAGUGAUGAGGGCCCUCGGUCACAACCCUACCAACGCUGACGUCCUGACCGUCCUGGGAAAGCCCAAAGCGGAAGAUAUGAACACCAAACACCUGGACUUUGAGACUUUCCUACCCAUGCUGCAGCACAUCUCUAGAGCCAAGGACCAGGGAACCUUCGAGGACUUUGUUGAAGGUUUGAGGGUCUUCGAUAAAGAAGGAAACGGGACCGUAAUGGGCGCAGAGCUCCGUCACGUCUUGGCAACGCUCGGGGAGAAGAUGACAGAGGACGAGGUGGACCGUCUGAUGGCCGGACAAGAAGACGCCAACGGCUGCAUUAACUACACAUCCUUCAUCAAACACAUCCUUUCUGGGUGAACUUAGGUUUGCAGUUUGAAAAAGGAACUUUAAACGGCAACAGUCAAAACACUGGAAAGAAAAUAUGUCUUGUCUGUGUGUGUUGGACAGCGUUGAAUAAAAGUCAUCCAAGUUUU